AUGUGGUUGGUCUUCUUAGUCUUCAUCGUCUCCUGUACAAGUGCUCAACUUCUUUCCACUUCUUCAACUUCAACUUCGUCUCCUUCUUCCACAUCUUCAUCCGUUCUCAAAUGCGGAACCCCGUCGCCCGAACCCAUCGGAAACGUGUCAAUGCGCCCUCGGACCAAGUUGGUUCUGAAUGCACCGUUCGACGUUCCGUUCAAAGGCAAACUCAGCAUCCACAACGAAUCGCCGAACAACACAAUUUAUUGGAAAUUAUCGAUAAACCGAACUAAUCGAAACAAGCGCAUUUCGAUUUAUCACAAAUCGAACGGCGUGUGGUCGACAGUGAAGUCUGCCCACUGGAUUCUGAAGCCAGGAGGCCACGAGUCGCUCAUCGUCGGUUUCGAUGGAUUCGACUUUGAUCCCAAGGUUUGUACACUGCACGGUCUCCCGAGCUGACAAUAUAGGCGGCGUGGCCUCGGCGGCCAAAUGGCGUUUUCAUGAAUUGAGCAGGUUUUCUCUGAUUUUUGUCGUCAAAGGCGAUGAAAAAUAAUUGGCCAACAUGAAAACGCACUAAUUCGCACAGAAUUAAUGACGUUUUGGCGCAAUUUUCGCGGACUUUGCUUUUUCGCCUUCGCCGCCGAUCGCCGCCUAAAAACUGCACUUCUCAUUUUGCGCUUUCUUGACCGUUUUCAGACAGAAUUGGUUUUGAGAAUGAUAAAUCACGUAAAUACAAGCAUUUUGAGCGCUCAAACCGCGAAAAUUACCGAAAAGCAACUGAAAUUCACGCAGUUUUAGCCAAAAACCUUCAAACGGAUAAAUGUGAUUUGCGACUUGACCAAAUUUAACGCUCUUGCGUUAAAAAAUUCGAAAUGGCAUAUAAAAUCGGUCUAUCGAGAGACAAAUGAGAAAUUAUCGAUUUUUCGUGGCUAAUCUGGCAAAAAACACAAAUUUUGCUGUUAAAAUUUGAAUUUCGCGCCAUGUGUAUUGGACGGGGCGCACUUGCACCCAUUGUCAGCUCUGGAGACCGUGUAAUGAAUAGUGAUUCCUAUGAAAACAGAGAUUGUUACCUUCAGAUGCUAUCCUACGCGGACCGAUUGGAUCUGUUCUGGAUGAAUCUUCCCGAACGUGUUGGCAAUCUGAGCGAAUGGAUCCAAAACGAAUGCGAGUAUGAAAAAUGGGAGCACAGAAGAAAAUCGAUCAAAAUUGUCUAUAAUCCAUAA